AGGAUCGAAAAGGACGCUUGUAGUACCUUCUCAAGAGGAGCCCGCGGCUUUCGAUUUUUCUACCCCUCGCCGCCCCGCGUUUUUCUGCUUUGACAUGCCUGCCCAACCAAACCAUAAUGCGAUGUUUGCUGUUAAUGCCCCUUGUUUAUUUGAGUUUCUUUUUUACCAGUCGGUCGCGAAGAACGCUUAAUGUCCCGCUAAAGUUUUUUGACGGUGAAAAUUCGUUCAGCCAUUGUUGCGGAGACACGUGAUGCAUAGAAAUUCUCGCCUAACUAUGUCCAUGGUUGUCUGACGCAAUACUAGCAGUAUAUAAUUGGCCAGCGAAGUUCUAUUUUCCAUCCCCGAACAGGCUUUUUCUGCCGGUAGAAGAAAUAGGAAUAAAAUCAACAAAAUGGUGGAGCCUGUUUCAGACGAGCUCAUUCGUGAGCGCUCCGUCUCGAGUUCGUCAAAAUACAACCCGAACGACCCCUGCAUAUGCAGCCUCGGAACGGGCGAAAUUGUCCACAUCAUCGGCUUCACCGCGUUGAAUUGCGGUGCGGAACAAGAUGUCAUCGAAUUCGAGACGAUCAUACAGCGCGCCGCCAGGGACUUCUACUCGCUGAAAGCAGGUAUAAAAAGUUCUGUGAGCCGGUAGGGCUCUACUUAAGUAGGUGCUGUACUAAGUAGGUGCAAAUAUUUGCUGGAUACAACUUUUGUUCGUGCGCAAAACUACUUCCUUGCGGAGGAAUCAGGGGUCAUUUACGUCGCAUUGCUCUUGUAUGAAGGAAAAAAAUUAUGAAAAUUAUCAGGCCUCACCGACGUCCGGGUUUGUCACCCGAUGUCCGGCGCUGUUGUCUUUGUCCUCACCUUAUCAACUGCAAAUAUGUCUGGGUCUGGAAACUUAACUUGUGAUGCCAGUUUGUCAAUGGUGGGCGCAUUGCAACACGCAGCCACGCAUGACAAGUUUUGGAGCUCCUGCGUGUUUCGCUUUCCGCAUAACAAACUGCAUAUUUGCAUGACAGGAGAGAGCCUUUUUUCCUGCUCAUGCAUUACAGAUUUAAGAGUCUUUUGGGACGAGCAUGACAAACUUGCAUUCUUCGUUCCAGACCCAGACACUAUAUUUGCAAUGCAUACACCUUUCUCGGCCUCGCGGAGCUGCAGUCGUUUCAGGCUGGCCCGGAAAAGAAGCUCAGGACGGCGCUGAAAGGGUUAGCGUAUCCGUUGCAAAUAUGUCUGGGUCUGGAAACUUGUGAUGCUAAAGAAUGGAUCAGUCUGGUGCUUUCGAAUGCAGCCAAGCAUGACAAAUUCAUUUGACGCCUUCUGAUGCGUGGCACGCAUGACAAACUGCGUCUUUGCAUGACAAAAAAGCACCGCUUUUGCUGUCUAUGCAACACAGAUUUUUCAGGAAUGCUAGACAUGCAACACAAGUUCCACUUCUCCAACCCAGACAUAUUUACAUUUGAUAUAGCGAGAUGCGAGCCGAUCUUCCCGCCCAGAACGUCGUCGCAAACAAACGGCACGACAUAUCUUAAGUAAAAACGUCCCCACCCCAGAGUUGUCAUGCAGAUUUGCAAAGACAGGAAGACUUGCAAUGCGCAUCCCCACGAGUACGAGAGCCGUUUCCAAUUGUCUUUUGGAAUUUGUGAUGCUGCAAAUAGGAUGAGGAGAUGGCUUUGUGAUGCGGCUGUCCUUGCGAAGCUGCACUACGAUACAGAGGAGAACUUGUCAUGCGUGACUCCCACAACUUCCGGGUUUGUGUUGCAGAUUUCCCAUCUUGACGUAUGUGGUGGGGACAUUUUUUUUCACAAUACUUCAACUUCUACCGAGACCUCCGCCGGGCCGCCGGUGCAACUGCUAGCGAACAAAGGUGUAGUAGUACUCAAAGGCGAUGGGGGCGCACCGGACAGCAGAUUGUCGCCUCCGAAAACCGCAAUAGAAAAAAACUCCUACCUCGACAAGGCCACUGCGGAUGAAGCAUUGGGGUGUCACUUAUGAACUGCAAAAGUAUCGUACUCGUAUAAAUGCAUUACAAAUUUUCUCAGCAUGAGAAAUAAAAUUUGUCAUGCUGAUCAUUUACUUUCGGAAAAAAAUUUGUAAUGCAAGACUUGCAUUUAUACGAAUACGAUACUUUUGCACAGGAUAUCACCUGAACGCGAACGACUACCCGUCUUCAAACAGCACGCCCAAGGUGUUUUACUCGGAAGUUGUAUGCAUUGCAAAAGUAUCGUACUCGUAGUUGUAAUCGCAUUCAUGCAUUACAAAUUUCCUUCUCAAGCUAAAUCCGCAUUAGAAAUUCCAUUUCUCACGCUGAGGAAAUUUGUAAUGCAAUUUGUACUAGUAGUGCGAUGCUUUUGCAUUGCAUAAGUUGUGUCCUCCAACAAAUCCCCCACCUCCGUGGUUGAUCGCCAACCCUCCUCUACACCAUCCACAAAUAGCGCAACAGAGACGGCGACGGAAACUACCGGCGCGGCGUCAGCUUGCUCGGACAAGGAGAAGGACAAAAAUACAACACCGCAAGAUGUCGCGGGCACGAUACACGGGAGGCCGUCGUUUCGACUGGGGCCGAUGGCGGGACGGGGCCAGUUCAUCACGACAAGUUCGUCUUUUCAGGCGACAGGUGCGCUGAUGCCCAGCACGCACAGCUUGCAAUCACUCCUGCAGGUGUUUGUACAACAGAUUAUCGGGCAGAACUACCGAGGACACAACGUCAAGGAGGUUGCUGAGGUAUAGAAGGUGUUCGUUCUUGUACAACUAUGAGAAGCAUGACAAAUUUCGUUUUGGUUGCGUGAUAAGCAUGACAAAUUUCGAAAAAAAACUCAGGAAUGCAAGCGGUGGUUUCCGAGACGGCACGAGUGGGAGAAAUACGUCUCUUGGGACGAGGUAUCAAAUGCAAAAACGUCUGGAUCUGGAAACUAGUAAUGCUCGGUUGGGAUGAAUAGUGAAUGCUCUGUAAUGCACAGCCAAGCAUGAGAAAUAUCUGCUCUGCUUAGUGUUGCGCUGUCCGCAUGACAAACUAGGUCUUUGCAUGACAGGCAAAAGGCUCUCUCCUUGGUCACGCAUCACAAACAUUUCAGUCACGCCAGACAAGCAUGACAAACCUUGCAUUCUUCCAGACCCAGACAUAUUUGCAAUCCAUACGAGGAAAACCCGAAAAAGUACACCCGGAACCUCAUCAUGAAGAACGACAACUUCGACUGCUUACUGAUGUGUUGGCCCCCGCACUGCCAAAGCUCGAUCCACUGUCACGACCGGUCUUCCUGUUGGGUAGUGGCAGUCGCCGGGGAAGUAGUGGAGGUGCAGUACCAAAUGCCCAAGUUCGAUCGGCAGUUUUUAGAGCACGAAUCGAGAGACAGCACAACAGCAAAGGGGAAAUGCGCGCCCCUGAAGAGGAUAGCAGAAACGAUCAUCGGCUUUGAUGCUGUUAGGGUAAGUACUUGUACCAUUCGGUUCUUUCUUAUUGUCACGCAGAAGACGAACAAUCGCAAAAUGCACUUCGUUCUAUCAAGGGAUUGUCUAUUGCAUGUUGUGCUUGGAAAAGUAUAAAAACAAAAACUAUCAGGUCGGCUACGCCAACAACGAGAUUGCCCUCCACCGAAUCGAAAAUCGCACGGACCAACCAGCCUACACAAUGCACAUUUACGCCCCGGGGCUGCGAAAAAUCAAGAUUUUUCAAGAAGACGGGCAAGUGACUACCGCCAUAAUGUGCGCCGCAGAGCCGGCGGUCUCCGUAUGGCGUUCUCAAAUGUUACAUUCUCAACUGCUACAGGAUCUGUCAUGCAAAACUACAAUCAGAACCGACACGGUCAAGCUGCUUCGCAUGACAAAUUCUUGAAGGGCCAAACAGGCUGAGAAACUGUUCCAAAUCUGCCAUGCAAGACGCGCAAGGUCACCAUCCACUCUUUUCAUUCGUGCAUCACAAAUUGAUGUAACAGUUGAGAACGCCAUACCCCGAAUCCUGUGGUGGCAUACCCAGGACGGGCUCACGGCUGCAAAAUAUUGAAGACUGUAUAAUUGACGUCGAUGCGUGGAACGCUUCCCUGUAUGAGCAGCAAUCAUAAUAUUAGAGUCGCGUGAGUGGUUCUUGAAAAUGCACAAAAUGUAAGUUGCUAUGAGAAAUACAUUGCAACUCAACACUCAAACUACAAAUACGCCGAGUAGAUAAUGAGGGAAUGGAGCAGUCUAGUGCUUGUCUUUGUUUCUGUACUGGGAAGCAGUAGUGCUCAUCCUUCUCUAACACCUAAAUGAGUUUCGAACAAGUAUCCGAGUCUUGUAGUUUUGGUUUUAGACGAACAAAAGAAGUUUCUUGUUGUAAUCGAGCCGUGGCUGGUCAGGGAGAUUUUAACUCAUCCCGACAUAAAAGAUUUUCAUCAGAUAAAGCAACUGUGUAUGAUACUAGAGCUCGUGAGGUUUGUUCGUUUGCUCUAAAAACUGACUUUUUGCUUCUGCGCUGUAAAUAUUCGCUUCUAUGAUUUUUCUUUCGUCACUUUCUUUCUUGUUGCACAGAUACGACAAUUUGUUGACACAGCUACUUCCAAUAAGUAAACAUCAAGAACUGAGAGCGCGGUCUCCAGGUAAGUAUCUAAAAGCUAUAGAGAAGAGAAGCGGGGGAUGAAAUCUAUCGACCCAUCUUCAACUCGGUCGCGCUAGUAGGGCUCGUCGCGAGCGCCUGGGGUCGUUGAGGCACCCUUUUCUAGCGAAGAAGACGAUGCACAGACUUCUCGCUGGAUAAAGGAGGGUAUCAACUUCUCCACAGGCUUCAAUGUUGCCUCGCGGAGCUUUCUCGUGGACGAUUACUAACAGACACCUGUUGUUCAUGCCAACAGGGUUAUUGUGGUGCCCUCGCUACUUCUUUACAAAUGACCGCCAACCUUUUGGAUUUUGCAAACCUAAAGAACACAAAAGCAUAGUAAAAAACUGCCAACUGCUGGUGUGAGACGCGUCUCGGAUGAAUUAGAGUUUGACUCUUCCGAGUUCAAGAACCCUGGCCUGCCACGAAAGCCUACAGCAGCUCUUACGCUAUUGAUAUGAACAAAACAAACUCCAUGUACAAAAAUAAAGAAAAAGAAAGAGGAGCCUGAUCUUGCGCAAGUUUUCAUGAUCUCGUGGUCCAAAGCUUGCUAUAGAGAGCAAUUCUUUCACUUUUUUCUUUCCUUUCGGAUGAACUUUAUGACUUUUUGGAAAUAUAGACAGCUCGUUUUACUGUCAAGGGCGAUUCAAGAAGCAAAGACUUUUGUCUUGCUGGGCGGAUCAUCCGCCCAGCAAGACAAAAGUGGGGAGAUGGCAGCAGCUUGUCAACAACAGGUGAGAAAUGUAUCUCGAU